AUGAAUGAAGAAAAGACAACGACACACUGUGAGGACGAAUUUAUUUCAAAGCCACAAGUCAAAUCCACUUCGUUGAUUGAUGAAAAUAUUAUUUCAUUUGAUCACUCAUUUGGUUAUGACUGUAAGAAAAUGUACAACUUAGUGCUGAUGGAUAAAGAAGCUUUAGUGUUUGCAUCAGGAAAUUUGAUUCAUUUCUUCAAUGUUUCAACAUCGAAAGUUACGACAAGACGAUCAGCUAUGGGUGAAGGCAUUGGAUUCAUUGUGAAGAAUCCCAAUCCGGAUCUCAAUCAUUUAACAAUUGGAGAAAAUGGAAAGAACCCAACAAUUUUUAUUUAUAAAUUUCCCGAAAUGAAAUUGAUUUCGAUGCUGGAAAAAGGUGCAAAGCGACAAUUUUCAGUUCUUGACUACACUCCAAACGGUGAAUUGCUUGCAUCGCAAGGUGGCGAUCCUGAUUACAUGCUUACAAUUUGGGAUUGGAGAAGAAAGGAAAUCAAAUUACGAGCGAAAUCUUUUUCAAAUGACGUGGUCAAUUUGAUGUUCUCGCCAUACAUUUCCGAACAGUUAAUAACUUCCGGACUUGGACACAUAAAAUUCUGGAAAAUGGCUUCGACUUUCACCGGUUUGAAGCUGCAAGGAUUAAUUGGACGAUUUGGAAAGACAGAAAUAUGCGACAUUUAUGGAAUUUGUCCUAUGCCAGAUGAGAAAAUUCUUUCUGGAUGUGAAUGGGGAAAUAUUCUCGUCUGGGAUGCUGGCUUAAUAAAGUUGGAAGUUUGCAGGAAAAAUCGAAAACCUUGCCAUAAAGGGCCAAUAACUCAAAUUUUCAUGCGUAACGCAGAAGAAAUCAUGACAGUUGGCACUGAUGGCUUCAUUUGCAUUUGGUUCUGGGAAACAGUUGAACUUGCAGAUCCACCUGAAGAUGAUCGUUUUGUGGAAAUCGAACCGAGUCACGAGUUUAGAGUUGGUGAAAAUGAUUACAAUGCUGAGUUACUAAAAAUAAUUCAAAUUGAACCAGAAAUGCCUGAAUAUUAUGCUCAAGAUGGUUUAGGUGGAAUAUGGAAAUGUGAAGUGUCGACUGAAACACUUCCAAACCCACCAAAGCAAUUGUUUCAUUGUCAUGCUGGUGAGAUUGUUGCUAUGUGUACAAGUUCAGUGUCACAACACGUAGCAACAUUAGGAAAAGACGGUCGUCUUUAUGUCUACGACUACAUUAAGCAUAAAAUGAUUUAUCAUCAUCAAUUUGUAGCUGCAGGAUGUGACUUUGUUUGGCUUUCGAGUUCUAUGGAUCCAACUGGAGCUGUCAUGAUUUUUGGAUUUGAUGAUGGAGUCGUUCGUGUGAUUGCUUUUGAUUACAAUAUUGAAGCAGAUGAUCGAAUGCAACUUGUGCAAGUUAUAAAGUGUCACAGUCGAGCUAUAACAAAAGUCGCCGUUAAUCCCAAAGGAAGCAUUUUUGUAUCAGCAUCGGAAGAUUCGACAAUUUUUAUUCAUCAACUUAUGAAAGACUCUCCGAUUAUUUCGUUAGAGCCUGUUGGCUUUAUGAAAACACCAUCAGCGGUUACAUGCAUUAAUUGGAAUCCAAAUGAAGGUUCGACAAUAAUUUUGGGAUGCAAACAUGGCGAAGUCACUCAAAUUGAUCUUCCUGAAUCUUCAAAUGCUUCGACAUCAACUUCAUAUCAUCUCGAUCAAGUUCCAGUUAAAACUUUUAAAUUCAAAUCAGUGAAAUCUCAAAUUCUGCGCAACAAAAGAAUGAAAGAAAUUGAAUUGGAGAAGAUGAAGAAAAGGGAAAAGAAAGUUAAAGAGUUGGAGAAGAUGAAGAAAGACGAUCCUUUAAUGGAAAUAAAUGAAGAAGAAUUUCUUGCUGACUCUGAUGACGAAGAAACUUUUCAACCUCUUCACAUUCCCGAUCCACCAAACUCAAUCUUAUGGAUUCAAUACACGAGCAACGACACUCUUUGGUUGUCUCUUUCUGGCUUCGAUGCUGGUUACAUUUAUGAAUAUGAUUCAAUCAAAGGCAACCUGAUGAUGUGCGUUCCAAUCCCAGAAGCUGAAAAUAUCGAAAUUCAUUCCUACAUUCAUGUCGACAAUUUUACGGUAUUUGGAAUGGGCGAUGGAAAGAUUCGAAUCAACUUAAUUAAAGAUGAUUGGAGAGAUUUGUCUGACUUUUGGCUUUUGAGCAUGCACGACAAUUUCCUUGGACGAAUUCCAGCAUUAAAGUUCAGUUACGAUAGGAAAUUUUUAUUUUCAAUUGGCGUAGAUGGAAAUUUAUUUUCCUACAAAUGGAAUUUGCCUGUGAAACAAUUUAAGGCAAAAAUUCCCACUGCAGUUCCAAAGUUAUUGAAAGCAGUUGACGAUAUUGACGAUCCAAACUUUUUAACACUUGAACAGAAGAAAGAAAAGGAAAAUGAUGAGAAACGACAAGAAGUUUCAAAUGACAACAAAAUGAAAGUUUUGAAGAUGAUUGAAGAGUUGAGAGUGGAAUUUGAUGAAAUUAUGCAGACAAAUUCUUUGAUGCCGACAUCACAAAAACUAACAACGAAGGAUCUUCAUCUCGAUGAUCGAAUCUCAAACGAUUUUCAACAGAAACUUGACAUUCUUAUGGAUGUCGUGAGACGAAAGAAGGAAUUCGACUAUGAGAAAGUCAAACUUGCUGGCAAGAAACUCUUGGAAUAUUUCAUCGAUUCAAUUGAUUUUCCAAUCCAAGUGAUUGGAAUUAAUAAUCGCAAAUCUGUUCAUUCAUUUCGAAUUAAGAAGUUGGGUAAAGAUUUCUAUCAUUUGAGAGAUGGAGUUGAACUGAAGUUGAGAGAAGCAGCAAAGAAUAAGCGGAUGGUGGAUUUGAAUGAUACAAGCAUUCGAACAGUUGAAUCGGAAUCAACUGCGCCAAUUGUUGAAUCGUUUCUGAUUGGUUUGAGUGCCGUGGAUAUUGAAACGAAACUCGAAUGUCAAAUGCGUCGAUUGCUCAACAAAUAUCGACAAAGAAAGUCAAGAGAAAUUGCGAGGAAAAAAGAAUGGCAAAUUAUAAAUGCUGAACGUCCCAAUCCAGAACAAGAUCAUCCAGCGGAUCAAAAGUUUAUUGAAGAAGCUCGAAAAACAAUCGGAAAUUACAAGUUAAAGACGGAUCCGAAUUUCGAAGCAAAUGAAAACGAACGAGAGACGAUUGUUAAGAAACUUCAAGAAGUUUUACAAGCACGCGAAGAUAUUUUCAACAUUCGCAAUGAUUAUAAUCAGAAAAUAUUCAAGCUACGAAACAAGAAAAAAAAUCUGAUCGAGUUCAUUGAAAGAAAGUUGAGAAAAUUGAAGGAAAUUCAAAUGGAAAUGCCUGUGAAAGAUUGCGUAAAACCGCACUUUUCUGUUUCAUUUGAUUUUGAUCGUGAAUUUCCCGAGAGAAAUUUGGAUUUGAAGAAAUAUUUAUUACCAAAAAAUCACAAAUUGGAUUUGGGAAGUACAACUGGAAGUCGUUUUGAUUUGAUGAAUUCACGAGAGAAAGCUGAAAGGCAGUUGAUGACAAUUUUGAGAAAUUCUCCAAGUGACUCUGAAAAUUUGACAAUUUCAUCGAAAUUAACGUCAAAUAAUUUUGAACGCUUAAAGUCAAUCGACAAGAAAUCAUCGCCAUGGGAAGAUGAAAUGAAAAAUCUGAGAAGUCGUCGACAUUUCUUUGAACAACAACAAAUAAUUGAAAAGAUUAAAUUAAAAGUUUUUGAAUUUGACCACGAGAUUGAGGAAUUGUCAAAUGAAAGAUAUGACGUUGAAGUUAAAGCCAAGUUUAAGGAACUUUUCUUGUUGACACUCAACAAUGAGCUGAUGAUACUCAAAGACUUUGAAACGACAGAAAAUGUUCUCAUUGAAAUUGUCGACAAUAAAAAUGCUGAAAGAAAAUAUUUAAUGAAUCGAAUCAUGCAAGCACAAAGUGAAAUUGAAAUGAUUAAACAACAUUUUGAAGAGUUGAAAGAAUCAAAGAAAAGAGUUGAUCAAAAGUUUCGCUUGAAAUGUUUGGACAAUAGUUUUGCGUUUUUCUUUAAGAAAAUUUAUAAGAAAAAGUUGCAUGAAAAUUGCGACAAUGAUUGUUGGGUGGAAGGAAAAAGUUCUGGCUCAGAAAAGUCAGAAUCUUUGAAAGGAAGUCAACUGGAUGUGAGUUUAAGCUUAGAGAAUCUCAGCGAAGACAAAUGUCCAAAGAACUGCGAUCAAAAUCUUUACGAUUUAGUCUUUCAACUUCGACAUGAACGUGACAGUCUUGAAGAUGCAAUUAUCACGAAAAAAAAUGAAAUUGAAUCAAUUCAAGCUGAUCUUGAUAUGACGACACAACGACAAAAGAAGGCUGAAGAUGAUUACGAACGAAAUAGAACGAAACUCGUGGAACUUCGGCAACGAAAACAGCAACAAUUGAAUGAUGUUGACACUGUCAUAGUUCUGAAGAUGGAUCAACUUCAAUAUUUCAAGAACGAGAAGGAAUUUGCUGAUAUUGAAAGCACGCUUUUAUUUAACAAUCAGAAUCUAUUAAUCUGUAAGCUUUAUGCUCGUGUCGGAAAACUUGCACUUGAAACAAUUGAAGCUAAAAGAAAGCACCGAAUUAAUGUCAUUCACUUAGCGAAGAUGAAAACUGACAUUAAAUUUAUGGAGAAACAAAUCACAGAUCUGAAAGAUGAGACGAGUCAAGCAAUGCUGAAGAAGUUUGGUCGGAUUGUUGAUUUGAAUGAAGUUGAAGAGACGAUUUUAAGAAAGUUUGCGUUUGAUAUGCAAGUUGAGAUGCGUGCAAAUUCUGAAGAUAUCAAACGACAUUAUUCGAACAAGAUUAAUGAAUUGAAGAAAAGUAAAAUGAAUAAAGAAGAAAAUUUAAAUCGAGUGAUUCAGGAAGCAACAGAAAAGCUCAACAUUUUGACUGUUCUUGAGGAAGAGAAGAAUUUCUUGCAUAGAAUUUUAAUGAAUCAAGCGCGUAAGAAGGAAGUUCAGUCAUAUCAUGAAGAUGAAAAUGAUUUGAGUAAACUUAAAGAGAUCAGCAAUCAUCAGAAAGAACAAAUUGAAAUGUUGCAACGAGAGAUUCGUGCUUUGAGUUUGAAAUCGAAAUCAUUUGUUAAUAUUCGUCAAAAGUUCGAUCCAUUGACUUACAGCGUCACACAAUUACGUCGUGACAGUCGCUUCGAAGAUUCAAUUUGUUCUAAUCCUGAUGAAUCAAUUUUGUCUUCAACACGAGCAACUUCACCCGAUCAAGAAGCUUUAAAUGACAUUCUGAAAAGUGUCAAGAAGUUUGUGGAAGAAAAUUUAGCUGAUCAACUGGAAGAAGUUGAAGUUGAAAAUGUUUCAUUGAACUUGUCAAAAUAUCUCACAAAUAUCGCUUUGACUUUUCCAUCUGUUGAAUUAGAUGAAACCUUGCCUGAAAUUAUCAAAAAUUUCUGUAAUUUUAUACCAAAUUCCGUUCACGUUUCACCGGAAAAUAUUGCAAAACUUGUAGCAAAAAUCGUUGGGAAUUUCAAUGAACCAAACAAUUUAAGUCAAAGUGAAGUGAUGAAAGCGAUUAUCAACAGCACGAUUGAAACAGCAAGUCAAUCAGCAAUUGCUUCCGAUUCUUAUCUUCCAUUUAUUCUCACAAACAUUUUCCAACAAAUGAUCAUCACAAUGCGCAUUGAUGACAUUUCAAGUCCCGAAUGUACAACAGAAAUUAUUGAAAGAUUAUCGAAACUUAAAGCAAUCCACGCAAGAAAUGUAAAUGUCGAUGAAAUGGUGAACGAAAUUGUUAACUUUGCUAAUGAGAACUUGGAAGAUGAAAUUGACGAGAAACUUUUGCAACGAAUCAUUUUGAGUAUUAUAAACAAAAUAAAUUCUUAG